GCCACCGGUGAGAGCUUAGAAUCUCGAUACGCUCGGAAUGAGAAGAUGGUGAAGUGAUGUGGCGAAGAAGCCAUGGAAUUCACGUACAGCUUGGCAGAAACUCGUUAUUCCCUACAAUUUGGCAGGGAAGUCUCCGUACGCUUGAAUAUUAAUUGUAUGUGUCGUUACAGCUCAAGACAAAAACCAGAGUCAUCUUACACCAAAAACAAUGGACUCUUCCUUGCAAUCUUUACAAGGGCUUCAUCAUCUUCCGAGGAAAUCUUGUUCCGCUGUCUUCUUUUUCAAAAGCUUAGUGGAAGUUUCGCUUUAAAGGGUGUUUGCUCUGGAGACUCUGAGAGUUCAAUAGAGGGGUGAAAAGAGUAAUGUUUGUUGGCAUGGAUGUGGUGAAACCUACUUCUCCGAUUACCGGUGUGGUGGAAGAUAUGUUAUAUGUUGCGCUGGGAGAAAAGGUGAAAAAGAACAAAUUACUCUUGCUAUGGGCAUUGCAGAAUUCUGGAGGAAGAAAGAUUUACAUUAUUCUCGUUCAUCGGCCUGCAAAAGUUAUCCCCAUCAUGGGAGUAAAAUUUCCAGCAAGCAAACUGGAAAAAAAGGAAGUCGAUGCAUAUCAGGAAAUUGAAAGGAAAGAAAUGCAAAACAUCCUGGAUGAGUAUUGUCAAAUCUGCCGCGAAAUGGGGGUAGAGGCAGAAACACUAUAUACUGAAAUGGACCGUGUAGAGAAGGGAAUUUUGCAGCUCAUCACCAAGCACGGCAUCAGCAAGCUUGUUAUGGGAGCAGCAGCAGAUAAGCACUACUCAAAGAGAAUGAUGGGCCUCAAGUCUAAAAAAGCCAUCUAUGUGCGUCAGCGUGCACCUCUUUCUUGUCGCAUACAAUUUAUCUGCGAAGGGCGCCUUAUUUACACCAGGCAAAACACUACAACUGGAUCGUCAACAUCUAUGGGAUCACCAUCUGAGGAGACAAAUAUUAGUGUAGCACCCUCCAGUUCAGCUCAAGUUUCGUUCUGCUGUGAAGGUGAAAGCAGAACAGUCAUUUCUUCCUUUGAUGGUACUGAAGAGCUACCAAUUCCAAGAAGAAGGUUUGAUGAGGAAGGGAGCUCAGAUGAAUGCACUGAAUCUUCAAGGAGGUAUCCUCCUGAUUCAGGUUAUUCAACGUGCUCUUCUAGUGGAGCACUUGACAUGACUCGGGUUUCAUCUGCUAGGUAUGAGGGGAGUGUCAAUGAGCGAGAGCAGCAUGGAAAUAGAAAUGACACUCUCUUUCAACAAGCCAUGGCUGAGGCUGAAAAUGGUAGACGAGAAGCUCUUCAAGAGGCAGAGAGGAAUGGCAAAGCCGAAAAAGAUGCAGUGGAGACUAUGCGCAGGGCUCGACUGUCAGAAAGAUCAAGUGCCGAGGAGUUGAAGCAAAGGAAAGAAAUUGAGGAAGCCCUUGCAAAAGAGAGAGAAGAACACGGAAAGGUGAAAAACCAGCUAAACCAAGUCAUUCAAGACCUCCAGGUUGCUUUAGAUAGACAAUCAUCACUGGGGAACCAAAUUUCAGAAUAUGAUAAGAUGGUAAAGUGGUUGGAGCUAAAGAUUGCCUCUUCUGUGGAACUCUUGCAAACUUCCAUAAAAGAAAGGGACGAGAUGCAGGUAGAGCGUGACCAAGCACUAAAAGAAGCUGAAGCGCUGAGAAAUAAACAAGAAGAGGUCUCUAGCACAGAUAUGGUUCAAUGCCUCUCUGACCUUUCAUUCUCGGAGAUUGAGGAAGCAACCCGGAACUUUGAUCCAUCCCUAAAAGUUGGAGAAGGAAGACAUGGGAGGGUAUAUAAAGGUAUCUUGUGUCAAACCGAGGUGGCUAUUAAAAAGCUUCACUAUCAUAACUCAGGAUUUCAACUUCAGGUUGAUGCAUUGAGCAAGUUGAAGCAUCCAAAUCUUGUCAUGCUUAUUGGAUCCUGCCCAGAAGCUCAGGCUCUUAUCUUUGAGUAUCUUCCUAAUGGAACCCUUGAAGAUCGACUCAGCUGCAAGGACAACACUCCCCCAUUAUCAUGGCAAACUCGAGUAUGUAUCGCAACAGGACUGUGUUCUGCCCUCAUCUUUCUUCAUUCCUCAAAACCUGUCAGCAUUUUACAUGGUGAUUUGACACCUGCCAAAGUUCUCCUUGGUGCCAACUUUGUUAGCAAACUCUGCGACUGGUGUCCACUAUCUCAGGACCAAAGUUUAAACAAGAACAUAACAAGGUUUUGGAGUACCGAGCGGAAAGGCAUUACUUUCCCAUAUCUUGAUCCUGAGUUCCUCUUUACAGGAGAGCUUACUUUAAAGUCAGAUGUCUAUUCAUUUGGAAUAAUAUUAUUACAGUUGCUAACUGGACGGCCACCACUGGGGAUACAAAAGGAAGUGCAAUAUGCAUUAGACGCUGGAACGUUACAAACUGUCUUGGAUCCUUUGGCUGGAGAUUGGCCAUUUGAGCAAGCUGAACAGUGGGCUCACUUAGCAUUAAGGUGUUGUGAAAUGUACCGGAAGAACCGACCACACCUUAGGUCAGAUGUCUGGACUGAACUUAAACAAAUGAAGGUUUUAGGUGGAUGCACACACUCAUCCCAGCUGGGUUAUGAAGGGUACUCUGAACCUCCUCCAUAUAUUCUCUGUCCCAUCUCCCAGGAAGUCAUGCAAGAUCCUCAUGUGGCAGCAGACGGUUUUACUUAUGAAGCGAAGUCUUUAAGAGAAUGGUUCGACCGUGGACAUGACACUUCACCCAUGACAAAUCUGAAGCUUGAACAUUACCAUCUUGUACCAAACCACGCUCUUCGUUCCGCCAUUCAGGAGUGGCGGCAAAGGCAUUGAAAUCUGAAUGUUUUCUUUCUCUUUAGUUUUGAAUGUAGUUUACAAUGUUUUUGGUUCUGAUGCGCAAAGAUUGGACCAAUAUUAUAUAUCAAAUCCCAAGCCCCACAAACUAUACGGCCAGCUGACUAGCAUUAAGCCAACCAUACAAACACAUAUUAAUGUACCUCAUUACUCAUGAAGGAAAAAGAAUUAAACACGA